GAGCACAGAGUGAGGGAGGUGGGUCAGUUCUACUUGUCCUCGAACAAAAAGCUGCCAAACAGUUCUAGAAGUAGUUCAAUUGUGAAGGAUAAGGACAGGGAGAAACUGAAUCCAAGCAUCAAGAAGCAGCAGCAAGAUGCAACCCAGAGAGAAACUGCUGCUGCAAAAAGGAUGCAAGAGCUUAUGCGCCAAUUCUCCACAAUAUUGCGCCAGAUCACUCAGCACAAAUGGUCAUGGCCCUUUAUGGCGCCUGUAGAUGUCGAAGGUCUUGGCUUACAUGACUACUAUGAGGUUAUUGAAAAGCCCAUGGAUUUUAGUACAAUAAAGAAUCAAAUGGAGGCUAAGGAUGGCAGUGGCUAUAAGAAUGUCCGAGAAAUCUGUGCUGAUGUGAGGUUGGUUUUCAAGAAUGCAAUGACAUAUAAUGAUGAAAAAAGUGAUGUUCAUGUGAUGGCUAAAACUUUGUUGGCAAAAUUUGAGGAGAAGUGGCUUCAACUUUUACCUAAAGUUAUUGAAGAGGAAACACGGCGAAAAGAGGAGGAAGCAGAGGUACAGUUAGAUAUGCAGCGUGCCCAAGAAGCUGCUAAUGCAAAGUUGUCUAGAGAUAUAAGUAGUGAGCUUUGUGAGGUUGAUAUGCAUUUGGAGGAACUCAGAGAAAUGGUGGUUCAAAAGUGCAGAAAAAUGUCAGCAGAAGAGAAAAGAAAACUUGGUGUAGGCCUCAGCCGGUUAUCUCCUGAAGAUCUCAGUAAGGCGUUGGAGAUUAUUGUGCAGAAAAAUCCGAGUUUCCUAGCCACAGCUGAAGAGGUGGACCUUGACAUGGAUGCUCAGAGUGAAUCAACAUUAUGGAGGUUGAAGUUCUUUGUAAAGGAGGCGUUAGAAGGUAAUGGCAAGAGUUCCGGGAGCAAGGGUGGCAAUGAAAACUCCAAGCGAAAAAGAGAAAUUUGUGAUGCUCUUGCCAAGACUGCAAAGAAACGAGGUAAAAAGCUGCCCUCUUGACUUGCGUGGGAUGUGGUGGCAUCUUCUCCUCGAUGCAUGGGUUUGCCCAAUGUUGUACUGUUGUUCCAUGUUAACAAAUUGUUCACAGGGAUAGAACUGGGCAUGUGGAUCAAUAUUUGUAUUGGUAUGAAGGACUUUUCGAAUUUUGUCCAUUAAAGGUAUUCUGAUUGACUCAGUUGCUUGGGAGUAAGAUUGAUCCACUCUCACACUAAAAAAGUAGGGAGAGUUGAGACCUGUUUGUAACAUAAGGUGGUGUUGCUACAUUGUUCAUUAUAAUGAAGAGUAGGAUUAUUCUGCA